CGCAGUACAACUUACGAUAUACAGGUCAUGAAAGGAAAACCUUCAGAAAUCACUUUAAGAGUACCUAAUUGUGUCACUUUGUUUUGCCGUGGUAUCCGACAAGAUUUUCUAAUAGCUGUGAUAAGCUCUUCUUGUCAACAACGCAAUCUCCUAGUAAAUGCUUUAAAUUUUAAGGUUUGGAACAGGAAGUUUAAUGCAUGCAGGGAAAUAAAAGAAAUACACCGAGUGACUCAAUACUCAUCGAUACCGGAUAUGGUGAAAUCAUUCUACAAUAUGUUUCCGGGAGUACAAUUUGAUCUUCCCAAUAAUUUUAGAUUGUUACCAAUUAGUUUAAUAUCAAGUGACACAGCCCUUUGGAGCCCCUUCAAUUUGUAAAUAAAACUCGCGUAAAUGAUAUCAGAAAUCCAUGUCUUCCAUUUAACCUACACUAAAUAACUGAGUGUCGUGUAACGUAAUUGUAAGUGUAAAAAAUAGUGAUAUUGACAAAACCGCCAAAGGUAUUUAUCACUUUCCUCGCUUUUGGUGCAAUAUGGUGGAAUAUAAAUUAACGUAUUUUGACAUUCGUGGACGAGCAGAAAUUUCACGCUUGGUGUUUGCCGCAGCUGAUGUGUGUUAUAUUGAUGACAGAAUUAAACGUGAAGAAUGGCCAGCGCUUAAACCAAAUACACCCCAGGGACAUUUGCCGCUUCUAACGAUAGAUGGAAAAGUCACAUUACCUCAGAGUUUAGCAAUUGCAAGGUUUUUGGCAAAAGAAUUCGGCAUUUGUGGAAAGAAUAAUCUUGAAAAUGCGGAAUGUGACGUAAUCGUGCAGACGACAGAAGAUUUAAGGGCAGAGUGGGUCAAGGUUUUUCGAGAACAAGAUGAGGCAAAAAAGGCAGACUUACAGAAAAAGCUUAUAGAAGAGAUAGUACCUAAAUACUGGACGAUUUUCCAAAAUACACUUUCUAAAAACUCAACAGGUUACAUGGUUGGAGACGGUCUGACACUAGGUGACCUUGCUGUGUAUGACGUCAUGGAGAUUCAUACGCGUGACUAUCCAGAUCUUAUCAAGGGAUUUCCUCAACUAGAGGCACAUAGACAGCGAGUGGCAGAAACAUCAAACAUAAGAAAAUACUUAGAAAAGAGACCAGUCACUCUUUACUAGUAUAAAUCUUAAAGAUUUUUCAUAAUAUCAACGUUUAAUUUAUACAGCACAUCUACAAUAAUUAUUAAAGAUUAUGUACUUUUAUAAAUCAUCACUUGAAAACACAAAAUACAUGUAAAUUACGCCGUUAUAC